AUGGAGCCUCCAGAACCAAGGUGGAAACGGAAACGAGGAAAUAGAGGGAACAAUCCAGAGAAGAAACCUACGGGGAAAUUGGGAGGGAAAGUGGAGAGUGAUGGGACUAGGGCUGCAGCUCUUCAGGCGGCAGCGGCACUGGACAAAGGGCUCCUGCAGCCGGGAGCCAAUUCGGGGGCAGAAGCGCGCAGGCGCAGCCCGGCGUCGCCUAGCAACCAGGAACAAACUGGCCCAGGUGGUGCGCUGGGGGCCAGUGCAGUUUGCACCGAGUUAGGAGCCGCUGCUCCCAGGGACCUCCGGGCAGGUAAAGGCAGGCCCGGGGCUGCACACCUGUUCCCAAGGGUUAGACGGGCCCAGGGUCAGAAGCCGGAGCGAUGCACGGGGAAUCUGGAGGCACCGAUGGGUAAAAAGAUAAAGAAGGAAGUUGAAUCUCCUCUUAAGGAUGUGUUUGAGCCUCUAACAAUUGAAAGCAAGAAAGCAGCCACCGUGGUGUUGAUGCUCAACUCCCCGGAGGAGGAGAUCUUGGCCAAGGCCUGUGAAGCCAUUUAUAAGUUUGCUUUGAAAGGUGAGGAAAACAAAGCGACCCUCCUUCAACUGGGAGCUGUGGAGCCUUUGACCAAACUGCUCACCCAUGAAGACAAAAUCGUACGGAGAAAUGCCACCAUGAUCUUCGGGAUCCUGGCUUCCAACAGUGACGUUAAAAAACUACUGAGGGAGUUAGAUGUCAUGAAUUCCGUCAUUGCUCAGCUGGCUCCAGAAGAAGAAGUGGUAAUCCAUGAAUUUGCCAGUCUUUGUCUUGCAAACAUGUCUGUAGAGUAUACGGGUAAAGUACAAAUAUUUGAGCAUGGAGGAUUGGAGCCACUUGUCAGACUACUGAGUAGCCCAGACCCGGAUGUGAAGAAGAAUUCUAUUGAAUGCAUCUACAACUUGGUACAGGAUUUUCAGUGUCGAACUGCAUUUCAAGAACUGAAUGCAAUUCCUCCAAUACUAGAGCUCCUGAAGUCAGAAUACCCAAUUAUUCAGUUGCUGGCUCUUAAAACCUUAGGGGUUAUCACAAGUGAUAAGGAGUCUCGGGUGAUGCUGAAGGAGAAUCAAGGCCUGGACCAGCUGACUAAGAUCCUAGAGACCAAGGAGUUGAAUGACCUUCAUGUAGAAGCACUUUUGGUGAUAGCCAAUUGCCUGGAGGAUAUGGAGACAGUGGUGCUGAUGCAGCAGACAGGAGGCCUUAAAAAACUACUCUCCUUUGCAGAAAACUCCACAAUUCCUGACAUUCAGAAGAAUGCUGCAAAAGCAAUUACUAAAGCAGCCUGUGAUGCUGAAAACCGGAAAUUUUUUCAUGAACAAGAGGUCGAAAAGUGCCUGGUAACCCUUCUGGGCUCUGAGAGCGAUGGAACUAAGAUAGCUGCUUCCCAAGCUAUUUCGGCCAUGAGUGAGAAUUCGGGCAGCAAAGAGUUUUUCAAUACUCAGGGGAUUCCACAGAUAGUUCAGCUGCUCAGAAGUGCCAGUGAAGAGGUGAGAGAGGCUGCUGCUCUGGCCUUGGCAAACCUGACCACUAGCAACCCAGCAAACGCCAAGGCGGCUGCCCAAGCGGAUGCCAUCGACCCGUUGAUAAACGUCCUGUCCAGUAAGCGAGACCGAGCCAUCGCCAACGCAGCCACAGUGCUGACCAACAUGGCCAUGCAGGAGCCGCUCCGCACGGCCAUCCAGAGCCACGACGUGAUGCACGCGCUCGUCAGCCCGCUGCGGUCCACUGACACCGUGGUCCAGAGCGCAGCCGCGCUCGCUGUGGCUGCCACCGUCUGCGACGUGGAGGCCCGAACCGAGUUAAGGAACUGUGGUGGUCUGGAGCCCCUGGUUGAGCUCCUGCACUCCAAGAAUGAUGAAGUCCGAAGGCAUGCCAGCUGGGCUGUGAUGGUCUGUGCCAACGAUGAGCUGAUGGCCGUUGAGUUAUGCAGGCUCGGGGCUCUAGAUAUCCUUGAAGAAAUUAAUCUAUCGGUAAGUCGAAAAAAUAAAUUCAGCGAAGCAGCCUAUAACAAGUUGCUCCACAACCAUCUUCCCCUGAAAUACAGCCAGACUGGCCAUUUGUCAUCAAGCAACAUAAUCAGUGAUGGAUUCUAUGAUUGCGGUCGGAUAAACCCUGGCACCAAACUUCUGCCACUGAAGGAGCUCUGCUUGCAAGAACUGAACGAUCUACGUGCUAUCCUCCUAAUCAACAGUAAAUCUGAUAUUUCUCCACCUCCAUCUAUGGAAGAUAAAUCAUCAGAUGUCAGUUACAGACAAAGUAUUUCUUCUUCAUCUUCCUUGAGAAGAGCAAGUAAAGAAAAGACCAAUGCUGGAUUUGGAUCUCCCACAGAAGAUAAAUCAGAGCCCACAUCGGGACGCAACACUGUUGUUAGCAGAGCUGCCAGCAAAGAAAAAGCAUUAAGGAAAGGCAGAGGGAAGAAGGAAGAGGAGAAGGUGAAAGAGGAAGAAGAGUUUCUGACGGUACCCAUACUGACCGAAGGCAGCCCUGAUAAAGAGUGGUACCCUCCCCCUGACCCUGAGCUCUGUGUGUACGUGUCCGAGGUGACCAAGUCAAUACUACCCAUCACCAAUAUUAAGGAACAGAUUGAGGCUCUUGCAAAAUAUGUGGCAGAAAAAAUGGGUGGUAGGAUUCCAAAGGAGAAACUGUGUGAUUUCAGCUGGGAACUUCAUAUCAGUGAAUUGAAAUUCCAACUUAAAUCCAAUGUUGUACCAAUUGGAUACAUCAAGAAAGGAAUCUUCUACCAUCGAGCUUUGCUUUUCAAGGUGCUGGCUGAUAAGAUCGGGGUGGGCUGCUCCCUGGUUCGAGGCGAGUACAGCCGAGCGUGGAACGAAGUGAAGUUGCUGAAGGAGGCUCGGAAGGGCGUGAUCGGGAACCUACCCUCACCCGAGGAGUACAUUGUGGACCUCAUGUUCCACCCUGGGGCCCUGCUGAAGAUGCGCAGCAGAGAGGCCGACCUCUACCGAUUUCUCUAAGCCGGGGCUCAACCUGGGAUUCUCU